GUCAUGGCAAGGAGGCUCGAGCUCCCGACUCGUAUUUUCGCGAGGCGGAAAGCGCGUGCUUCCCCUCCAUGCAGAGGUGCAGCGUGGAAGCCACCACGAGCCAGGAUGAUGCUGACGCGACAUGGCCGAGCAGUGCCGUCGCAGACGCCUGGCGAGUUGCGCUGGCAGAUAUGGCGAGGGCUGUGCGAAUUGGAAGCUUCGUCUUUCGAUCAGCGAGAAGGCUGUUGCUCACUCGGCGCGGUCUCGCCCAAGGCAGCCGAUGGCAGCGUGCACCAUCGCGCGGUCGCUGCAGCAAGCAGUGGAUUGGGGAGGCCGGGAUGGGGAAGAGUUACAGGGAAUGGACGACAUGGAGUGGUCGCGGCUCGGCCUAGCGGCAGGAUGAUGGGAUCACAUACCCGAGCAGGAACAAGCGUCGCCUCUCGCUAAGCGUGUCGCCCAGAAUGGCGUCCUUUCCACCUCCUUGUUCCAGAUUGAUUUCGCCUCCUUUCAUCCAGGCGAUCGGUUGCGUCCGCUUUUCUCUAGUUGGCGUCCUCCGACUGAUCGACGUUCCGAUGGACGCGAAUCUGCUGCUCUGAUCGACGCACCGGGAUCUUGUUCCUAGCUCUCGACCUCGCCCAGUGUAAGCGCCCUUUUCUAAGCACUUGGAUUGGAACGGCGUUCUUGGCCCGAACCCGUCUCCCUUCUGCACUUCCCGACCGGCCUCUUCUCCUGGCGACUUUCUCCGUUCUCAGCGACCCUGGACCUUCUUACGCCAUCUCCUCCGCCGCCGUCCUUCCCUGGGCUCUCCGCCAUGGUGGCCUCGCUCCUGGCCUCCGCGCUCUUCCUCCUCUCCUCUCUCAUCUCCGCCAUCCUCUUCUCCCCGCACUCCCCCCCCGUCCUCCUCGCUCUCCCGGGGGAAGUCCGCCGCAUCUUCCUCCCCGCGCUCGUCCCCACCCGCGCAGGCAUCAGUGGCGGAUGGGUGGGGGGCAGGCAGCGCUUGGGGCUGCCGUCCUUCAUCAUUACAGCUGAUGGCGCAGCCCAUCCGUCCCUCCGCAUGAUCCCACCUGCACAGUCGGACCUCCCUGCGGAGGCUAUCCUGGAGCAGGUGGUAUCUGGCGCUGCUUACAGUGUUCCAACCGAGCAGGCGGAGGGCUUCAGGCGGGGAGCAGGGAUUGUUCUCCCUGCCGAGGGGGCGACGUCAGGUGGAGAGAGGGAGCAGCAGGAGAGAAAAAAGGCAGCGCAGCUACAGGAGCAAAAGGAGCAGGCAGAGAAGGAGUGGCAUGCGGCGGUGGAGAGGACGGUUGAGGAGGCAGUCUCAGAUGCCUUCGGCCAGGCCCAGUUCCUGCUCGCUUCCCUGGGGUCUGUUCGCCGAGCAGCCCGGGCAGCUCAGAAAGCCUUCUCUGACAGGAGUUUUAUUUCCAUAGUGGAGGAAGAAAUGACGGUGCACUUUGGUGGGGAGGGGGAGGAGGGUGAGAAGCGGGUCAGGGGCACUGAGGUGAGUGUGAGGGGGAGAGUGAGGGAGGAGGCGAGGCGAAGGGCGGAUGCAGUGGUGCGGACAGUGGUUGUGAUGUUGAGCGAGAGGGGGGAGGAGGGUGUGGAAAGCGCUGGGAUGGGCGCAGAAGGGGAGGAAGAGGAGGGGGAGGAUGGACAGGAAGGAGGGGAGGGAGAGGGGGGAGGGAAGGAGACGGAGGCAGCAGGUGGUGGUGCUGCUGGCAGGCGCUACAGGCUUGCACAGAGGCUCAAGGGGUUGGGAGAUGUGGCACGAGACAAGGUGUGGGACAUGGCUGACUUGUUCCUCUCUCAGUUACGGGCCGCCGGGCAGAAAGUGAUCAGCGCGGAAGAGUUUCUCGCUGCCCGGGUGAGAUACGCUGCUGCCCGGGUGAAGGAUGCUGGCAAGCGUGUUGUGGAACGUGUGGUGGAGAGCGGCCGGGCAGCCAGGGAAGAUGCUGAGGCUGCCCGAGACACCGUAAUUGCAACUGGCCGGGCAGCGAAAGAAAAGGUAGAGGCGGUUGGAGAGGCAGCUUGGGAGAAGGCACAUGGGGCCGGGCAGGCUGCUGUGGACACCACUGUGGGAUUUUGUUACCGGGCAGCGGAAUUCGGGCAGGAAGCGGUUGAUAGGUGCAGGCAGGCCGGGCAGACUGUGUGGGAGGGCGGAAAAAAAACAGUUGGGGCAGUGAAAGGGGGAGUGCAGGGGGCAGUGAAGGGAGUGAGGGAGGGAGUGGAGGGGGUGGUGGAGGGGGUAGGGGAGGCAGUGGAGGAUGUGAGUGGGAGAGUGAAGGGGGUGGGGAAGUGUGUGGUGGAGGAGGGGCUCCGCCGACACACUCAUGGGGAGGCACAUGCACCAGCACCGCCGGAUUCUGCAGCCCCCUCUGCCUUCCUGGGGCCUGUGUAUGACGUGGCAAGGGAAGCUGUUCAGAUGGAGCAUGGGGGGGGGGAUGAGGCUCAGGGCGCUGAGAAGGUGCAGGAAAGUGCUGAGAAGGUGCAGGAAAGUGCUGAGAAGGUGCAGGAAAGUGCUGAGAAGGUGCAGGAAAGUGCUGAGAAGGUGCAGGAAAGUGCUGAGAAGGUGCAGGAAAGUGCUGAGAAGGUGCAGGAAAGUGCUGAGAAGGUGCAGGAAAGUGCUGAGAAGGUGCAGGAAAGUGCUGGGACAUCAUGGGAGGAGGCGAGGGAGACAGGCAGCAAGGCGGGAGAAGAGGUGAAGGAAGGUGCUGAGAAGGUGUGGGAGGAGGCGAGGGAGAGGGUUGGGGAGGGAUGGGAGGAGUUACGGGAGAAGGUAGGGGGGUUUGGAGAGGGAUUGAAGGGAGAAGCGGAAGGAGUGAAGGCGGGGGUGAAGGAGAAAGCAGAGGGAGUAGGCGAGGGGAUAGUAGAGGCAGUGGAGGGAGUGAAAGAGGGGGCGAGGGGGAAGGCAGAGGAAGUGAGGCGGGGAGUGAGGGAGAGUGGUGAGAAGGGGUGGGAGGCAGUGGAAGGCAUUGGAGAGAAGAUUGCAGAGGGGAUGAGAAGAGCCGGGGGGGACGGUGAAGGGAGAGGGGAAGGAGUGAGGGAGGUGGAGGAAGAGGAGAUGGGGAAUGAGGUGUGGAUGGAGGUUGAAGGGGUACGAUUCUACCGAUCAGUACGACCCAAGGCAGGCAGCAAAGGGGGAGUAGAGAGAGCAGAGAAGGAGUGGGGCGAGUGGGAGAUGGUGAAACCGCCCUUCCCUGCCAGUGCUCUCAUGUCCCGCCUCCCCCUCUGGUUCCAACGCCUAGUCCUCCCCGUCCCCCUCGUCUCGCACCUCUCCUCCCUCCCCUCCUCCCCCCCUCUCCUCGUGCCGGCUCUUAUCCGCACCGCCCACCUGGCCGCUUUCUCACUCACUUACACUCUCACUCUCUGCUUCACAUUCCUUCCUCUCGGGCAGCUCAGGAACCUUUUCUCUGCCCGUUCGUCUGCCCAGAUGGCAUCGUUGAUCGAGCUGACGUUCCUGAGGGUCCUCCUUGCCACGUCAGCACUCUGCCUCCUCUCCCUCUCGCUUGCACACUCCCACACUCCCCUCUCCCCCCUCCGCACUUCCUCCUCCCCUCCCCCUGCUGCAUGGGGAGCUGGGGGGGAAGAUGAUGGGGGUGGGGGAGGAGAGGGGGAGGCAUGGGCGGAGAGGGCAGGGGGAGUGGGUGCGGAGGGCGAGGGGGAGGGCAUGGGGGGAUGGGCAGCGGCGGCAGGGGGAAUGGGAGGGGGUGUGGGGGACUGUGGGGAUGAGCUGCAGCUAUGGCUGCUGGCAGCAGUGACGGUAUUGGCAGCACUGCUGGCGCUCAUACUGCAGCCGCUGCUGAGCUAUAACAUGGAAGAUCUUGCAGCACUCUCCCAAAGCCCCUCCUUGCCCACCCCUCGCCACAAGCGCCCUCGCUCCUGGCUGCUGCGCCGCCACAAGGCACUGCACCCCACCGCACCAGCAGCACCAGCAACACCCCCACAGACCCCUCCCGCCCCUGCACCUGCCCCUGUGGAGGGUACUGGCGAGGGGCCCCUUUCCCCUGCUGCUUCUGCUGCCGCUCUUGCUGCGACAGUCACUGAACCCACAGCUGCUGCGGUAUCUUCCUUAGUCACCGAGGGAGCAGCAAGGGUGGCUCAAGAGAUGGGUGCUACUAGUGCUGCUGCUGCAAGGCCAGCACAGGAGUCAGAGGGGGUGGAAGGGAGGGGGGAGGAGGGGGUGGGGAGGGAGGAGGUGCAGCAGCGGCAGCAGCUGCUGCAGUGGCGGGUGCGGGUGCUGACUGUGCUCAAGAGCGUGGUGACUCAUGCCCUGCUGGCAGUGCUGACAUGGCAUCUGUGGCACCUGGCUUGCUGUGUGCUGGUGUGAUGCCAAGUGGUGUGGUGGCCUGUUUUGGAUCCAGGAAUUUGUGCGUUGAGUUGAGGGGUGUGGGAUGGAUGGGAGGUUCAGUAUGAAAUUGAGAUGCAUUGUUGGCUACCAGUACACGUAAGUGGCAUUUCCUGGAAAGUGGAAAAAGCUGUGGAGUGGAGCAGAUGGAGAAAGAGAAUAAGCCAGUCAAAGUGCCAUCAGCCAUGAGAGUGGGAGUUUGCCGUUUUUAUCAGUUGCCUUCUUGGGAGCAUGGUGGCUGCAUGGUGAGGUGGUAUUUGUCAAACAUGUGUAAUUGUCAUGUUUGUAUAGACUGUAUAGGGUCGCCUCUUAGAGAGUACAACACUUGGGUAUAUCUUUGUGUACUCUCACUCUAUCCA